AUGUCGUUGAGGGCGGGGCCGUCGUCGGAGCCGCAGGGACCGCCGCAGAGGAGGAUCACGCGGACGCAAACCGCCGGGAACCUUGGCGAGGCGAUAUUUGACAGUGAGGUCGUGCCGUCGUCUCUUGUCGAAAUUGCACCGAUUCUUCGCGUUGCUAAUGAGGUCGAGAAGACUCAUCCUAGAGUUGCUUAUCUCUGCCGAUUUUAUGCGUUUGAGAAAGCUCAUAGGUUGGAUCCUACUUCAAGUGGUCGUGGUGUAAGGCAAUUCAAAACUGCCCUUCUUCAACGUUUGGAAAGAGAAAAUGAUCCAACAUUGAAAGGAAGGGUAAAGAAAAGCGAUGCUCGAGAGAUGCAGAGCUUUUAUCAACAUUACUACAAAAAAUAUAUUCAAGCCUUACAAAAUGCUGCUGAUAAAGCUGAUCGUGCACAGCUUACCAAGGCAUAUCAGACUGCUAAUGUUCUUUUUGAGGUUUUGAAGGCUGUUAACAUGACACAAUCUAUGGAAGUUGAUCGAGAGAUUUUGGAGACUCAAGAUAAAGUUGCUGAGAAAACAGAGAUCUUAGUACCUUACAAUAUUCUUCCUCUUGAUCCUGAUAGUGCAAAUCAAGCAAUAAUGAGAUUUCCUGAGAUCCAAGCGGCUGUAUAUGCUCUACGUAACACAAGGGGUCUAGCCUGGCCUAAGGACUACAAGAAAAAAAAGGAUGAAGACAUUCUGGAUUGGCUUGGGGUAAUGUUUGGAUUUCAGAAGCACAACGUAGCAAAUCAGAGAGAGCAUUUGAUCUUAUUGCUUGCUAAUGUGCACAUAAGACAAUUUCCCAAGCCUGAUCAACAGCCAAAGUUGGACGAGCGUGCACUGACAGAAGUGAUGAAGAAACUUUUUAAAAAUUACAAAAAGUGGUGCAAGUAUUUGGGUCGGAAGAGUAGCCUUUGGUUGCCAACCAUACAGCAAGAAGUGCAGCAGCGUAAGUUAUUAUAUAUGGGUCUGUAUCUUCUAAUAUGGGGUGAAGCUGCCAACCUAAGAUUCAUGCCAGAAUGCCUUUGCUAUAUCUAUCACCACAUGGCUUUUGAAUUGUAUGGUAUGCUUGCUGGUAAUGUUAGUCCAAUGACUGGGGAGAAUGUCAAGCCUGCCUAUGGAGGUGAAGAAGAGGCUUUCUUAAGGAAAGUUGUAACUCCUAUAUAUGAUGUGAUUGCAAAGGAAGCUGAACGAAGCAAAAAGGGGAGGUCAAAGCAUUCACAAUGGAGGAACUAUGAUGAUCUAAAUGAAUAUUUCUGGUCAGUUGAUUGUUUUCGGCUUGGUUGGCCAAUGCGUGCUGAUGCUGAUUUUUUUUGCCUGCCUGCUGAGCAGCUAAAUUUUGACAAAUCUAAUGAUAACAAGCCAGUUAGCAGGGACAAAUGGGUUGGAAAAGUCAACUUUGUUGAGAUAAGGUCAUUUUGGCAUAUUUUCAGAAGUUUUGAUCGCAUGUGGAGUUUUUUUAUUCUGUGCUUACAGGCUAUGAUUAUUGUUGCUUGGUAUGGAUCUGGGGAUCCAAGUGCAAUCUUUGAUGGGAAUGUUUUCAAGAAGGUGCUAAGUGUUUUUAUAACAGCAGCUAUAUUGAAGCUUGGACAAGCUAUUCUGGACGUGAUCCUCAGUUGGAAAGCACAAUGGAGCAUGUCAAUGCAUGUUAAGUUGAGAUACAUUCUAAAAGUUGUUUCAGCUGCAGCAUGGGUGAUUGUUCUAUCAAUUAGUUAUGCUUAUACUUGGGAAAAUCCUCCUGGGUUUGCUCAAACUAUACAAAGUUGGUUUGGAAGCAAUUCAAGUUCACCUUCAUUCUUUAUUAUGGCUGUUGUUGUAUACCUGUCACCAAACAUGUUGGCUGCCAUAUUGUUUCUGUUCCCACUUGUUCGGCGUUUUCUUGAGAGGUCAAACUAUAGGAUUGUGAUGCUAAUGAUGUGGUGGUCACAGGGGAAUGCACGAGAGCACAUUUGCCCUUUUCAAGUACACAAUGUUCUGGCUCGGAAAAAUCUUGGUGUUGUAGUUGCACUUUGGUCUCCAAUUAUUCUGGUAUACUUUAUGGAUACCCAGAUUUGGUAUGCCAUAUUCUCGACUUUAUUUGGUGGUAUUUAUGGGGCAUUUCGUCGCCUUGGAGAGAUAAGGACUCUUGGAAUGCUUAGAUCUCGUUUUGAUACUCUGCCUGGUGCCUUCAAUGCCUGUUUGAUCCCAGAAGAAAAGAGUGAACCAAGGAAAAAAGGAUUUAAAGCCACUUUAUCUCGUAGAUUUGAUCAGAUCCCAAACAACAAAGGUAAAGAAGCUGCAAGAUUUGCACAACUAUGGAAUCAAAUAAUCACUAGUUUUAGAGAGGAAGAUCUUAUCAGUAAUAGGUAA